AUGAACAUUUCCUCCACUAUUUUUUUCUAUUUCGCCAUUCUUGUCGCCGGAAUCUUUGGCGUAGAAUACGGAGAAAUUGAGUAUCACCGAAUCGAAAAGCGGCAAUUCAAUUUUGGCCAAUGGGGCAGAAAUAUGGGACAGCGAGGCGAGAACUAUGGAAGAGAUUGGGGACGACAAUGGUGA